AUGCCAGGCACCGCAGCAGACUUGACAGUCCCGCCAGUCACCGGCUCUCCCGCACAGGCAUCCUCCAAGGCUGCCGCGCCUAUCGACACCCCGCCCGCCGCAGUCGCAAAGGCGCUCGCGAACAGGAGGGAAUCCGCAACACUCGAAGAGGCGCAGAAGCUCGCGGCAAUGAAGGACGGAGACCUCACCAAGAGUCAGAAGGCGCAGAAGGAGAAGGCCGUCGAGGCGGUCAAGCUGAGGGAGUUUGUGCAGGACGACAGGCACUUCAGCCUCGUCAGGAACUUCCGCCUUGCCGACAUCGUUACGCUCGGAAACGGAUUCUGCGGCGCCCUCUCGCUCUUCUCCUCGGCCAAAUACCUUAUCAGCCACGACCAGACCUACAUCUGGCACGCCUUGACCUACCCUCUUGCGGGGUUCAUCUUCGACGCGCUUGACGGCAAGGUGGCGAGGUGGAGGAGGGAGAGCAGCAUGCUCGGACAAGAGUUGGAUUCGCUCGCGGACUCGAUCUCGUUCGGAGUUGCGCCAGCCUUCCUCGCCUUCACCCUCGGCCUCCGUACACCCCUCGACACCCUCUUCCUCACCCUCUUCAUCUGCGCCGGCAUCGCCCGUCUCGCCCGCUUCAACGCGACAGUCGCGCUUAUCCCGAAAGACACGACGGGCAAAUCGAAGUACUUUGAGGGCCUCCCCAUCCCCUCGUCCCUCGUUCUCGUCGCGCUCAUGGCUGUGAGCGUGAAGAGGGGCAAGUUCGAGGGGGUGUUCGGACAGGGCAACGGACUUCCCCUUGGUCUUGUCAGCUGGGCGAAGGAGAAGCUGGGUGUCAGUGUGCACUGGGAGGCGGUGAUCUUUGCGGGAUGGGCUGCGGCGAUGAUCAGCAAGACACUCAGGAUCCCCAAGCUCUGA